AUGUCCAUCGAUCGCCUAGGAAUUAUCACCACCUGCGAGAAUGCGCAUGUGAGUGUAUUGCUAGGAAGUGUCAAUCCGACGACAGUACCAGUACCACUGACUCCUACAGACGCUACGUAUAGCGGGACCAAUUCCGUUUUAGCAGAGCGCCGAGCUUGUGACAUCGACCUCCAUGGAGGUCGAUGUCAUGGAGGUCUAUGUCAAUUGGACCCAGUCGCAAAGGAAGCUCAGUAG